AAGCUUCAUAAUCGUAGUCUGAGGUAUUUUUCUCGAUCCUCAAACAUUUCCAACACCUAAAGGCUUAUUCGUUACAGAUUUCUCACCAAUCUUCGGAUUUAUUGUGCUCAGACAAUGUCGACAGUCGGAGAACUUGCUUGCAGCUACGCUGUUAUGAUCCUUGAAGACGAGGGCAUUGCCAUCACUUCUGAUAAGAUUGCGACUUUGGUCAAAGCGGCUGGUGUUGAGAUUGAGUCUUACUGGCCAAUGUUAUUCGCCAAGAUGGCUGAGAAGAGAAAUGUCACAGACCUUAUCAUGAAUGUUGGUGCUGGUGGUGGUGGAGGCGGUGCCCCAGUGUCUGCUGCCGCACCUGCUGCUGCUGGAGGAGCUGCUGCUGCUGCCCCUGCUAAGGAGGAGAAGAAGGACGAACCCGCAGAAGAGAGUGAUGGAGAUCUUGGUUUCGGCUUGUUCGAUUAGUUGUCUCCUUUCAUUUUACGUUUCAUAUGUUCUAUUGCUUUAGUUGCUUUGAGAUUUUAAGUUUUGUCAUUUCGACACUACUACAGUUUACUCUUAUAUCAUGUACUGGAGUUAGCAAUUGGCUCACGACCUUCUUUGUAGUUCAUGAGAGUUAUCUUAUGCUCAAAAUGCAUUGGAGCUUAUUGAAUUUGACUUUUGGAUUCAGCUGCGUCUUCUUUCCUACCAAAUCUCAGUCUAUUUAUAAUUUGAUCUUGAAAUAGAAAAGAAG